AUGGAUCUUUACCAACCCUCGUGGAUAUAUCGACUUCAUCAAGCCCUUACUCCAGUGGAGCGCUGGGUUCCUGCUUUUCGGAGUCGCAACGAAAAACAGCUACUUGUUACACAGCGUAACACUGUUGUUCCGACACCAGACAACAGUGUCGACAAGCGCAGCAGGGACGAGGUCCGGCUCGACCAUACAGAAGACCACAAGGCUAAGCGAAGAAGGGCGGGUCACGAAUCGCUUCGUUUGAAGCAUUUCCCAAUAUCCAAAUGUACCACCAGCGAGGGUGUGACCUGCCCUUGUUGCCAAGAACGCUACGAGGACGGUGAGAAAGUCUUCCAGCACCUUGUAUCAGCCAGCCGGUUGAAGCAAGCGUGUGUGCUCUGCCCGUCGUCAAGAAACACUACAAAAGUAGUCGACAACAUGAAGACAUUUCCACUACAUAUGCAGAAGCAUACCGAUGACCGUCUGGAGUGUAGCUACGAUGGGUGCGAUUACGAGGCCAAUUCGCAGCAAAGGUUGAGAGUCCAUACGGACAAUGUGCAUACCAGCACACCUCAGAUCCAGGAGCCAAAGCAAUGCGAGCUUUGCCCCCAAGUCCUUGGUUCGAUCGACGCGUACAACGUGCAUAUGAAGGCGCACGAGAACAAGCUGGUUGCUUGCAACCAUUGCAACGAGAUGGUCCCAUACGCCAAUCUCAAAGCUCACAAGGCGACGGAAUGCCUAAAACUUCCAGCAAGAGUCGCUGCUUGCGUAGAAUGCGGAUAUGAGAUGGCAACAACUCAUGUUGCAAGACACAUGCGAACAGCACACUCGCGAGUGGAGGAAGUCAUGGACUUUGGCCUAGAGCACUACCCAGAACUGGCAGGCAAAUACAAGCAUGUUUUGGAUGUUUUGGAGUUAUGA